UUCACAUUUGCGUAACCAUGACCCUUGAUUUUUGGUAAUUUGUCUGAUCAUGGCUGCACACGAAAGGCUGAGUAAAACAGCUAUUUCUUCACCAACAUUGCUCCAACAACUAGCCGCGGUUCUUCCAAAAGACGUCAGUUUUAGGAUAUAUCACCUCUCAACCCCUCCUACACGGACGUCCGCAAUAUACUCAGCUCCCCCAGGAGGCCGCCCUGAUCGAACGUACUGUGAGAGUCAUUUUUUGUCUGCCUCCAUUCAGACACAAUCGAGAGAGAAUCCCUCUGAGAAAGUGGAAGUGUUGGUCUUUGCGAUUGAGGUGUUGAUCUACUCCACCGCCUACGACACGACAUUUUUCGUUUCCAAGGCAGAUUCGACUGGAUAUCUACAUCUUCUGAACCUGCCAAAAGGAAUACCCUCUCCCAUACGAGAAAUUAGCGGCACCUUUUUACGGCACCUCGUCGAACAACAUCAAAGACCAAACAUUCAAAGCGUUGUAUCUCUCUUCGCACGAGCCCAAGAUCAAUACCUGUUUCCCGGGAGCAUCGAAUAUAAUGGCAAGCAUGUUCUUGAUGACCGAGGGCUAGUACGAUGGUGGUGUCGGGUUCUCAAUCCCCUGAUUGAAGAGACGAAAACAUCAGCAGAGUCAGAUAAAUCCCAAUGGGAGGGAGUGAAGGGCUACUUGAUCGUGCCGGGUCUCGAUGCUCACGAAACAAGUUCAUACAUUCCGAGAGCAACAAGGUCACUGUGGACAAUGGGCCAUCCUUUAAAGCAGAUUUCGAGACAUCCUAGCGACGUCCCUCCAAGAUGCCUGAUCCCACACUUUCCAGACGAUCCAAAGGCCCGAUACUUGGAUGAACUUGACGAUGAGAUUACAAGGGGUCAAAACAGUGCAAGUGGACAGUGGAAAAGCGUCAAAUCCAUAGACCAAUUUUGGGACAUGAUGGCGUUUCGACAGGAGUGUUCUGCAGGACGACUAGUAGGCUUUAUAUGGAUUGUCUUUACGCCUUCUAUUCAACGGCAAGCUAGAGAGUCAGAUGGUGAUAGCCAGAUGACCCAGGACGGUAAUUCAUCUGUGUCGCCAGUUCCCGAUCAUCCAGAUCUUUCAUCCACCCCAUUAACAGCUCCCUCAAGCCAGAUUCCCUCAAAAAAAUCAUCCCUUAAAAGAGAAGAGAAUGGUUUCUUCCAAGUCUCCCAACAAUCAGACCGUUCCUCGAAGCCUCGUACCCCAAAACGGAAAAAGCUAACUGGGCCCAUCAUCCCACGUCAACCACGAAUCAAAACCGAAAAUAGGAAUUACCUCUUGGAAAGGCCUGAACGCACCGCUUACUAUGUAUGGUAUCCUGAAAGCAGAGGUCAAGUCAUCGUCGAUGAAUCAGAUUACAAACGCAUCACGGAGCUCCUCCUCCGUCUGGAUUUUGCAAACCUGGAACUGGCAAGCUCCAGCUCGAGCAGGUGGAUCAACGAAGUGCGAUCUGGGGCCUGGGGCAGCAUGGGCGAUGCUUGGGGUCAGACCGUGACUGGCACGAAGGUCGUGGAGAGCCGGAAUGCAGGUGAGGCUGUUGGUGUUACUACACUUAGCACGGGACUCGUCAAGAAGAAGAGGAAGACCGGCGCGGAAGAGCAAAAAGAAGCACCUUCUGCGGUAUCGAGCAAUGGCACUGCUCCGCAGGUCAAUGUCCUUUCGGCUGGUAUGACGGUUCGGAAGAAGGCUAAAGUAUGAACUGGCUUUGUACAUGUUUGCUGUUAUUCGGCGUUAGGGGGUCCUUCGACAGGGGAGGGGCGGGCAUAUUAUGGAGUUGAGCGUUUGAUAUUAUAAAAUACCCAGGAUAAAGGUGCUGGUAUGAAAACGACUAUUGAGAAUAUCCCGCACUCAUUAUAUGAUCCAAAAUACUCUUCUACUAAAAGGAAUUCGCCU